ACGGCGCACCCCCGCCGCAUAGCCGCCGUGAACCCCAUGCGGCCACGCCCGUUUCCACGGCGCCACCAUACAUCCUGCGCGCUGUGCAGCCACCUUCGCCACGGCGCCGGUGCGCCUCUACCUCCGGCUUCAGCUCCUUUGUAGCAUGUGCGUGGCGAGCCAUACCGGAUGGAUUCUGGCGAGGGCCGUGCUCGCCCACAUCCGGCGCGCCGGCGUCCUUUUCGUUUUCUCCGUCACAAACGGCGGGUAGUCGGUCGCCACCGCUGGAGAUGCUGCUCCCGGACACACCUUUCAGCUUUCACCCCUGCCUGCCUGCGGAGAGAAUGGACGAAUCAAGUUUGCAGACAGGGAGCCAGUAAUCAAGAGGGAGAAGGCAAAAUCUUGAUAAGUACCAUGUCAAUUAUAGGUUUUGUGGACUGGAGAGGAAACCCCAUCAGUAGAGGGGUGCAUGGAGGAGUCAAUGCAGCAUGGUUUAUAUACUUUCUGACAGUUGUGGCAAACAUCGUGAAUGUCCCAAAUAUGCUGAAUAUGGUCACCUAUAUCCAUGGAACAAUGCAUAUGGGAGUUUCGAGCUCUGCAACAACAGUCACUAAUGUCCUUGGUGCCACAUCUGGGUUCGCUAUGAUAGGGGCUUUCCUCUCUGAUUCCUACAUCACUCGUUCAACAACUAUACUUCUCUUUGGUCCAUUGGAGUUUCUGGGCUAUGGACUGCUUGCACUGCAAGCCUACCUUCCUUCACUCCGUCCACCUGCUUGCAAUAUUGAAGCAGAAGCAAGUAACUGCAAAGAAGUCCAUGGCUGGAAUGCCACCCUGCUGUAUGCAGCGUUGUAUAUCAGCGCACUUGGUGAUGGUUGUAUGCGUGCAUGCAUGCCAUCCCUCGGAGCAGAUCAAUUUGACCAUGAAGAUCCCUCUGAGUCGCACCAGCAAUCCAGCUUCUUUAAUUGGUACACCUUUGGGAUAUCCUUUGGAGGUUUUAUAGGGCUAAUUCUCAUAGUGUGGCUUCAAAACGACAAGGGGUGGGACAUUGGAUUUGGCGUGUGUUCCAUCCUAAUUCUGCUUGGGUUGCUUGUGUUUGCUCUUGGUCUCCCUUUCUACCGCAACCAAAUACCUGAAGGAAGCCCUCUAACUCGAAUACUGCAGGUUCUUGUGGUCGCAUUCAGAAAGAGGAGCCUUGAGCUUCCAGAGAAACUGGAAGAGGCGCAAGAAAGGAGUGCUGAGCCAGACUUUAUUGAAGUACUCCCUGAAACAAAUAGCUUGAAAUUCCUGGACAAAGCCUGCAUCAACCGUGGGAAAGAUGGAGCCUGGUCACUUUGCGGUACUACGAAGGUGGAGGAGACUAAGAUCGUACUCCGUGUGCUUCCUCUGUUCAUCAGCUCAAUGAUUGGAUACGUAUCAAACCCGAUCCUCUUCACAUUCACCGUGCAGCAAGGUGGCAUCACAAACACAAGGCUGGGCAAGAUCCGUGUUCCCCCCGCUAUACUUUUCAUCAUCCCCAUCAUAUUCCAGAUGGUAAUGCUUCCCAUCUAUGAUCAGUUCCUUGUGCCGUUCUUGCGCAAGCGCACGGGCUAUGCCAGUGGCAUCACUCAUUUGCAGCGUGUCGGCAUAGGCUUCGCCUCCAUCAUACUUGCAUCAGUCAUCGCAGCAGUUGUUGAGAGGAAGAGAAAGGAGGCUGCAGUGCAGAUGUCCCUGUUUUGGCUCACGCCUCAGUUUUUCUUGCUGGGUGUGUCAGACGUGACAUCCUUUCCCGGGCUCCUCGAGUUCUUCAACAGCGAGGCACCACGAGGCAUGAAGUCAAUCGCAGCUGCCUUGUUCUGGGGUGUCCUAGGGCUCUCGUCAUUGCUAGCCACUUUCCUGGUGCAAAUAGUGAAUAGGGUCACAAGGCAUGGGCGCCGUGGAGGGUGGCUGGAGGCUGCAAGCUUGAACAACAGCCGUCUUGAUCUGUUUUACUGGGUUGUGGCUGUUGUCGGAUUGCUUGCCUUCUUGAACUACCUGUACUGGGCCAAGAGGUAUGUCUACCGGCACGAUCCACGCAUCGUCACUAAUCAACUAUCGGUCAAUCAGGGUUCACUUUGAAACAUCACAAGAUGCGCACUCAGAUCAUCCUUCAGUUCAGCAAAGGCAGGAUAUUUAUGCUCUGGUUUACCAUGCCAUGGAUUAGUCUGUUUCUCUGUUCUGAAUUCUGAUCCCUGAUUGUAUGCAGCUAAUUGGCUGGAUAUCAUCCGUGAUACUUACCAAUAGUUACAUGUGUGAAAACCUCAUCAUCAAAGGAGAUGUUCAUAUAGUUUAUAUUGUGGAAGUGCCGAAGUGGGUGUUUCUCUGUGACUGAAAGCUUCAGAUACACAAUUAUGUCAAAUUACUAUAAAAAAUAUGUGAAAUUGGUAAGAUCUGGCAUGCCAGCUUGAAUUUAUUGUGUAAUUAAGCUACCCCUGUAGAAAAUAAGGUUCGCCACAAAUGGAUUUUCAGUGUAUGUUCUGCAGAGUAAUGUCAGCGCGGCCAUCCAUUCUUUUCUUUGAAGUAAUCAAGGAAGAUUCAUCAGGCAGUAGCAGAUUGGCAGCACCAAUGUGCCCCAUAGUGAUGUUCUCCACGACGCCGGCAUUCAGCAAUCCAUCUCUUCAAGCAGAUGCAGGCAUUCCGCACCCUGCAAUGCCCAAACUGUCAUCCUCCCUUUAAGCGACUCUCCAAACCCUUCUUUGAUCGCCAUUUGUGAUUGACCAGGGCCAUUUUCUUCGAGUUUCCGGAUUGCUGCCAUUGCAGCCUUCCGCUAAGGGUCCCUGACGCCUCCGCCGUCAUUUGAGAGAUUGCUGGGAGUGCGUCUUAGGCUAUCACUUAAGUCUACGGAUUCAUUUAUGUAUAAAAGAUGCUGAGUUAGGGGUCUUUGUUUGUGAGGUUUAGGGACUUAGUUGCAGCAUUCAGGGAUCUGUUUGUAAGCUUCAGGGACUUCUUUGUUAAUUCCAGAAACCUUCUUGUAAUAUCUAACCCUACCAAUGGAAUAAUUAUAAACAA